AUGACGGAAGAUGAAGUAUACUGCGAAAACCUGUUCGAGCAAACUACAAGGCGUAACAGUUUCGGCCGAUACAUCGUGAAACUCCCUGUGCGAAAGGGUGGUGACCUUCAACAGCUUGCACCUAGCAAGCAAGAUGCGCUAGUCUUGUUAGAACAUACACAUCGACGGCUUGCUCGCGAACCUGAACUUAGUACAUUUUAUAAAAAGUUUAUGGAAGAGUAUCGAGAACUCGGGCACAUGGAAGUGACACACGACAACAAUGAUAGUCACAUGUGCUAUUUACCACACCACGGUGUGGGGAAAGCUUCGAGCACUACUACAAAACUACGUGUGGUGUUCAAUGCCGCACGGAAAUACUCCACGGGGGUAUCGCUGAAUGACUGUCUGUACACUGGGCCAAAGUUACAGAAUGAUUUCGCCAGUAUUUUGCUGAAUUGGCGACAAUACAAAUUUGCAUUUACGGGUGAUAUCGAGAAAAUGUACAGGCAGAUUUUGGUGGACCGCGAAGAUGCUGAACUUCAACGAAUUUAUUGGCGUACUCCUACAGAGGAUUCACCCACCUACUGA